AUGUUUCUGACUCUAUAUCCAUUUUUUCCUUCAGACCAACUGAAGAUCACUAACUUAAGACUGAACUUCACCAAACUUCACACACUUGGAGACACCCUGGUGGACAACAGAGCUGAAAUUAAAGAGAAAUACUACUACUCCAUAUACGAACUUGUUGUACGUGGAAACUGCUUUUGCUAUGGCCACGCCUCUGAGUGUGCACCCAUUGAAGGCAUCAGGGACGACAUAGAAGGAAUGGUUCAUGGCAGAUGUGUGUGUAACCAUAACACAAAAGGUUUGAACUGUGAGAAAUGUGGUGACUUCUACAAUGACCAGCCUUGGAGGCCAGCUGAGGGCCGCAACACACACGCUUGCAAGAAGUGUGACUGCAGCGACCAUUCAGAUAAGUGUCACUUUGACAUGGCUGUCUAUUUGGCCACUGGAAACACGAGUGGAGGGGUGUGUGAAGACUGCCAGCACAACACAAUGGGCCGAAAUUGUGAGCUUUGCAAACCGUUCUUCUACAAAGAUCCCACAAGGCACAUAAGAGACCCCCGUGUUUGCAUAGCUUGUGAUUGUGACCCAGAUGGCUCAGAGAAUGGAGGACUGUGUGACAGCCACACUGACCCGUCGCUCGGCAUGGUGGGAGGCCAGUGCCGUUGCAAGCUUAAUGUAGAAGGGCCACGCUGCGACAAGUGCAAGACCGGCUUCUUUGGCCUGAGUGCCAACAACCCUGUGGGAUGCCAACCUUGUCAAUGCGACUCCAGAGGAACCGUGUUGAGCAGCUCCAUGUGUGACCCAUUCAGUGGAGACUGCAUCUGCAAGCGACUUGUCAUUGGACGCUUCUGUGACCAGUGUCUAUCCGAACACUGGGGGCUGAGUCACGACCUGAACGGAUGCAGAGGUUGCGAAUGUGAUAUUGGAGGGGCGCUCGACAACCAAUGCUCCAUGGAUAGUGGUCAGUGUCGCUGCCGCAGUCACAUAAUGGGACGCGAUUGCACACAGGUGGAGUCUGGAUAUUUUUUUAUGGCUCUGGAUCACUUCGUUUAUGAAGCUGAAUUUGCUCAAAUGGGGCAGGGUUGCACCUUAGAGACCAGGGAACAUCAGCCCGGUCGCCCCGCUCAGUGGACAGAUAUCGGCUUCGCUCAGGUCCCUCAAGGCGGCACUUUGGAGUUUCUGAUAAAUAACAUACCUUACUCUAUGGAAUAUGAUUUAGUCAUCCGCUACGAAUCCCAGAUGCCCCGGGACUGGGAGGAGGUGCAGAUAACUGUGAUCCGUCCAGGUUCCAUUCCCACCAGCAGCCCUUGUGGGAACACCAUCCCAGAUGACGACAGACUCACCGUCCCUCUGCCAGCCGGAGCCAGGUUUGUGGUUCUUCCUCAGCCAGUGUGUUUGGAGAGAAGUGUGACAUACUCCCUCCGCUUGGAGUUCACACGUUAUCAAGAUGCUAACAGCAUCCUCAACGGAGCAGACUACGCUGUCAUCCUCAUAGACUCUAUUGUGCUGAUGCCGCGUCACUCCUCCAUGGAGAUGUUCAACACUGGGGAUCUUGCCUCAAACGUCAGGAAGCAGACCUUUGAGCGGUACCGGUGCCAGGAGGGAGCAAGGAGUGUGAUCCGCCCACAGAUCAGCGAUACCUGUGCUAAACUCAUCAGCAGCAUGUCAGCCGUUAUUAAUGAUGGAGCCUUGGCUUGCAACUGUGACCCUCAGGGGUCCAUCAGCUCCCUUUGUGAUCCCCGUGGAGGCCAGUGUCGCUGCAGGUCCAACAUCAUUGGUCGGCGCUGUGACAAGUGUGCACCGGGAACUUACGGCUUCGGUCCCUCGGGCUGCAUACCAUGCGAGUGCAGCUCAGAGGGGUCAGUGACUCGACUCUGUGACAAGUACACCGGGCAGUGCCAGUGCCGGCCCGGGGCGUUUGGUCAGAGGUGCGACGGGUGUCAGGCGGGUCACUGGGGCUUUCCCAGCUGCCGACCCUGCCAAUGUAACGGACAUGCCAACCACUGUGACCAGAGAAGUGGAGUCUGCAUCAACUGCAGGGACAACACCGGAGGGGACAGUUGUGACAGGUGGCUUUCCAGAAUACAUUUGGUUAAAACUUUAUUUGAAUGAAUUAUGCAAUGCAGUAAAAUGUUAUGUACACCACUUACAGAGCAAGAGAUCAUUUUGAACUAA